AACCUCGGAUCACGACUUUUGGAAUUUUAUUUGAACACCUUUGGAUCUGGACGUCCGUGCGGCGACACUGAGGAUUUAUUUGAGACACUCUGGGUUGUACAGAUUUCUUCAGCCAUUUCUGUGAUGUAUAUGAACAGGACAGAGAUGUUCUUCUAUAACAACUCCAUGGGAAAUGGCUCAGAGGAAGACUAUUAUGAUGACUAUGAUGAUGAGCAUGAAGAACUUAGGCAAUCACUAAACAUCAUGUCACUCAUAGUUUACUGUUUAGCCUUUGUGCUUGGAGUUGUUGGGAAUGGCAUUGUGAUCUGGGUGUCUGGAUUCAAGAUGAAGAAGACAGUGAAUACAGUUUGGUUUCUCAACCUGGCAGUAGCAGACUUCCUAUUCACUGCCUUCUUGCCUCUCAGUGUGGCUUACACAGCCAUGGGUUUCCACUGGCCAUUUGGACGCUUUAUGUGCAAGCUCAACAGCACACUCAGUUUCCUCAAUAUGUUUGCCAGCGUGUACAUUCUGGUGGUGAUUAGUGUGGACCGUUGCAUAUCAGUUGUUCGUCCAAUAUGGGCGCAGAACCAUCGAAGUGUCAGUUGCGCAUCCGGACUGAGCCUUGGCGUCUGGAUAUUUGCUUUACUCUUGAGCUCUCCCUACUUUGUCUUCAGGGACAUUGCUCCGGACUACAAUAAUCAAAAUGUUAUUAACUGCUUUAACAACUUUGCCUUUUCUGAUGAUUAUGAGACUACAGAAGUGGUGGAGCUCCGUCUCCUUCGGCACCGUGCUAUGAUCAUCACACGUUUUCUUCUUGGCUUUGUAGUGCCUUUUUCAAUUAUUGUCUCCUGCUAUGCAAUCAUCAUCCAUCGACUCAAAAGAAACCGUUCAAUGUCUGGUCGCACAGGGCGGCCUUUUAAGAUCAUUGCUGCUGUGAUCACAGCUUUUUUCCUAUGCUGGGCUCCAUACCACAUCCUGGUGCUGAUCGAGAUGGCUCACCACAUGGCCCCCAAGAAUAGCCCCACUCUGGAGCAUAUAACUACUAUUGGCAUUCCUAUUGCCACUAGUUUGGCUUUUCUCAACAGCUGCCUGAAUCCAUUAUUAUAUGUGUUCAUAGGUCAGGAUUUCAAAGAUAAGGUGCGGAAGUCUAUAUUGAAAGUGCUGGAAACAGCAUUUACAGAGGAGGUAUCACGCACUAACACCUAUACAAACUCCAUGCUCAACACCCGCAUCAAAGACCAAGGAAGUAAGUCCUUUUCGGAUGUAGAGCUGUAA